GAUAACUUAGCAUGCCACCUCUAGUUCUCAAAACGAAAUUUUGAAAAACGACAAAAUUGUAAACAAAACAAAUUCAAAGCUAGAUUCGGAACGCCAGCAAACCAGUGCCGCUUGCCAUGCAAUGUUAUAAACUGGCCAGCAGGCGCAGCUUAUACAAUGCACGGGUGCUGCAGGCGGAUCACCUCGGGGACCACCAAAGCCGCAGCCCGGACCUCGAGGCUGCUCGCCAGAAUGCCCGGAUAGUGGUUAUCGGCGCUGGUCUCGCCGGACUCUCGGCUGCCCAGCAUCUGCUGUCGCACGGUUUCCGGCGCACCGUGGUUCUGGAGGCCACCGAUCGCUAUGGCGGCAGGAUAAACACCCAGCGCUUCGGCGACACCUACUGCGAACUGGGAGCCAAGUGGGUGAAGAUCGAUGGGUCACAGGAUUCAAUAUACGAGCUACUGCGCAACACAGAGGGCUUGGGUAAGCAGAUAAAGCAGCCAGAGCGACCCACCUAUGUCCAGGUUGAGCAGGAAGGUGGUCACAUCAAACCAGCCAUGGUGGAGCUCAUAGACACCCUGUUCCGGCAGCUCUGCUGGGGCUUCAAGCUCUCCGAUCGAGUUAAAUCCGGCGGUGACCUGCACGCUCUGGACAAUGUUAUGAACUACUUUAGGACCGAAAGCGAUCGCAUCAUUGGUGCCUCUUUCCAAGAACCGGAGGAUCAACUGGCUGCCCGCAAGAUCUUUCAGUCGUUGUUUAAGGAGUUCGGCAGCAUCCUGGGCUGCUGUUUGGAGUACGUUAACAUCGAACACAUAACCAAGUGCCCAGUGCAGCAGGAUCAGCGUCCGCUAUAUGUGCCCACCGGGCUGGAUAAUGUGGUGGACGACCUCAUACAGCAGCUGGACAAGGAGCAGCUGCAGACCGGGAAGCCAGUGGGACAGAUUCAGUGGACACCUGCGUCGCUGAAAAGUGUGGGCUGUUUGGAUGGGAGUCUGUACAGCGCUGAUCACAUCAUUUGCACCUUACCGCUCGGCGUGCUCAAAAGCUUUGCUGGCAUACUGUUCCGGCCCACGCUGCCGCUGGACAAGAUGCAGGCCAUACGAAACCUUGGCUUUGGUAAUCCGCUAAAGAUAUAUCUCUCGUACAAGAAGCCCAUUAGCCGGUGGCUAAAGAGCAAUCUGCGACCACUGGGUACCGUCCUCGACCCCGCCCUGGAACAGCAAGCAGAACGCAACUGGACGCAGCAAGUGGUGGAGAUCAGCCAGUUGCCCAGCAGUCAGCAUGUGUUAGAGGUGCACGUGGGUGGCGGCUACUAUGAGGAGAUUGAAAAGCUGCCCGACGAUAAGCUGUUGGAGCAAAUCACUUGUUUGCUAAGGCGCUGCAUUAGCAAUCACCUCGUGCCGUACCCACAGGAGUUGCUGCGCUCCAACUGGAGCACAUCGGCAUGCUACCUAGGCGGACGUCCAUACUUCUCCACCAACAGCAGUGCCCGAGACGUCCAGCGGUUGGCCGCACCUCUGGGCGAGAAGUCGCCAAGUCUACUCUUUGCUGGGGAUGCAACCUCGCUCAGAGGCUUCGGAACCAUCGAUGCCGCCCGCUCCAGUGGCAUCCGAGAGGCCCAACGCAUCAUUGACUUCUAUUUGAAUAGCGUGCAACGCGUGUAACUACAAUCGAAAUUCAAAAAUUGGCUCCUAAAUUGUACAAAGUAUCAGCAUAGAAACUUGCUAGUCAAAAUUUAUAGUUACAAUUUGAUGUAUUUUUAAGCAGAAUACAAUAUGUUUUAAUUAGGCGUAGAACGUUAACAAUAAAAGCAUUAACAACAUCAACACUA